UCCUGUCUCUUAAGCGUGCGCCCGACACCGCCUCUCUUCAGACUUAGCCUAGAAGACCACAACAUGGACCAAGGGAACGCACGGCACAAGGAGGCCGUGGCUCUGAAUAAACCCUCGGACGUCGAGGCGGCGACGUCGCCCUCGGGCAAACAGUACCGGCCCAUGAACAUCAACCACUACGCCACCAAGAAGAGUGCGGCUCAGAGCAUGCUGGACGUGGCCCUGCUGAUGGCCAACUCGUCGCAGCUGAAGACCGUCCUCUACGUGGGGCCCCAGUACCGCUUCUUCAUCCCCCUCAUCGUCCUCCUGUCCGUGUCCAUCGCGCUGCAAGUCAUCGUGGGCCUGCUGCUCGUCUUCAUUGUGAAGUACGAUUUGAACGACGUGCGCAAGCACGCCAAACUGAACAUGAUGAACAACGUGGCGACAGUCUUUGUCUUCUUCACCGUCCUUGUUAACAUCUUCAUCACAGCGCUGGGCUUUGAGGGACACGCCAUAAGGGCAGCACAACAGCCAAUCAUGAUGGAAGCCAUACCUCACAUAGAUCCUCAGCCUUUUCAACUCAACACAACGGUCUUUUGAAUGUUAUCUAAAAGUGUUUUCAUAUCAGUUUUCAUUUGCACACGCUAAGCUAUUUAAAAAGUAUUUUUAUGCUUGUUAUUCCAAAUGUCGUCUUUCUAUGCCCAUCUUCAAUGUUUGAUGCAAGUCACCAUUUUGAACACAUAUUAUGUGAAAAUAUGGUUGAUCCCAAAAUGCAACUAUUAAAAUGUUCUACUCUUCCGUGACA